CGUACUUAAACAAGAUUUAAACUGUUUGCGCAAAUUUUGCAGAGCUUGUUGAUCUGAGCCACCAAGAGCUUCAGACGCCACAUUCGAGUUUCGUCACGAUGCUGCGGAGGUCUGUGCUACCGAUGGCGCGUCGCGCCUUCCCGCGGUCUACGGCCGGCCUUGCGUCGACCAGCGCUACCCCCAAGUACUUCUCACGUGCCUUCAGCGUUGCGGAGCAGAGUCAACGCCACGUAAUCGCCGCGCUGGUGGUCAACCAACCUGGUUGUCUGGCAGAGAUCGCCAACCUCUUCGCUGCUCGAGGAUACAACAUUGACAGUCUCGUGGUUGGUCGCACGGAAGUCGAGGAGCUCUCCCGCAUGACGGUGGUCGUCAACGGCACUGCUCAGAGCGUUGUGAACGUACGUGCAGUAGUUACAGAGAUGGAAGGAAAUAUGGCUGACAUUUUUCUUAAAUUUUUCUUAUUGCAGAUGAAGAAGCAGCUCGAGGAUGUCGUGUACGUGGCUGUGGUCAACAUCCUCAGCAGCGGCAAGAACGCCCAGAAGAACUACGUUGAGCGCGACCUGAUGCUGGCCAAGGUGUCCACGGCCGAGGCCGGAUCUCGCGCUGAGGUGGUGGAGCUUGCCAACCUGUUCGACGCCAAGGUGAUCGACGUGCGACCGCACCAGGUCAUGGUGCAGCUGGCUGGCACUCCUGGCCGCAUUGAGGCGUUUUUGGACCUGCUGAAGCCGCUGGGCAUUACUGAGAUCCACCGCAGCGGAGUCAUUGCCAUGGCUCGCAGCACCAGUGUGACCGACAACCUUGGCGAUCUUUCGACGUUUGAGGGCGCCACGCGCACGCUUUUGGACGAGGCAGACGACGUAGAGAUCGACGUCUCUCGCCUUCCUCCUGGAUAGAGGGUUCAAGAGGAUACCGAUAGCGUUUACGGUCUCGCGAUCACGAGGACUGCAUUCUGGGUAGCAGGCGAGUUGACAAGCAGUGGGGUAAGCAUGCUAGCAAUAAUUGUGUCCACCAAAUUGGUCAGCUACUCGUAAUCAAAUCAAAUUGCUACAUGAAAGAACUGUUGUAAAAUG